GGCAACGGCGGAGGCUGGAGCGGGAAGGAGAUAACUCCUGUGUUAAGUGCAGCUACGUCGGCUAUUGUUUAGUCGCUACCCGGGAGAGCUGGAAAAGCUUUCAAAGCUUAUAAUGAUGUGAAACGUGAACAUAUUUAUCGUGUUCAUCUACCUUUAAACGAAGGAGGAGUUUCCCCGGCUAUUUGGUUAACUGUCAACUUGCUAGAGUAGCUAACAUCCAGACUGAAACAUCUACAGGUGGAUUUUCCAGUAUCUAUCAAUGGCCUCCAAAGGUUGGCAGCAUCCUUACGUGAACAUUUUCAAACAUGUCAAAGUUGAAGACUGGAGGAGGUCAGCAAAGGAGGGGGACGUGUCCUCAUACACGGACAAGAAACUCAAGUGUCCAGUGUACCGAAUCAGGGGUCCUGUUCCUGCUAACAGCUACAUUCUGGUUCCCAAAAUCAUAAGCCAGUCUCUCGGGCUGACAGGACACUUCUUCUACCUUCUCUUCAGACCCACCCCUGGCAAAUACUUUGUAGUCCACCUGGAUGUUGCUGCAGAGGAGGGCCAGGUGAUCCGGAUAUCCUUUUCCAACAUGUUCAAAGAGUUUAAAUCGACAGCUACGUGGCUUCAGUUUCCUUUCCUGUGUGGAGCUGCAAAGGAUUCAGUUUAUGAAAGCACUUCCAAAUCUGCAAAACAUGGCUUGGUGGGUCCAGCUCCCACCUCAGUGCGUUGGACCUGCCUGAUGCUGGAUCUGCAGUACAUACUUUCAAUCUACCUCAACCGCUGCUACAGUCACCUGAAGAGCAUUAAGCUUUGUGCCAACAUGGCAGUGAAAAACAUGUUUACCACUGACCUGCUGCUAGAUCCAGGAAUUUCCUUCAGUGAAGCCAAGCUAAUGGGCCUGGCCUCUUCUCUGGGAACAGGUCCCAUGCCCAGAGAAAUGUCAUUUCCUGUGCCCAAGGGAAGCUACUGGCAUGACCUCUAUGAUUACAUCAAGUACAGUUACCUCAUUACAGAGCAGGACAUUGUAUUAAAGGCAAAAUCCACUCCAAACCAGUUUCUUGGAUACACAUUGUUUCCCUCAGGAGGAACAAAGUUACCCUUUGACUCCAUUCAAAAAGCCAGUCCACAGCCAGAGGCUAGAUCUGCAUCCAACCAAAGAAGCCCUGUGAAGGACAGGUCUCGCUGUGUCGACCUCAGUAAAGCAGUUCAAGACCGUGUGUCACUCAUCCAGCAAAUCACCAAUCCAAAAUUACUGAAAAGGAAUCAGACCUCUGUGGUAGCUAGUGUACCUGAGUUGGAUGUAGUCCCCAGAGACUUGCUCUGCCAUAGUGAUGACCGACAGCAGGAGUCACCGUGCUCCAGUUCACAUCAGCUGAUAUCAAGGCCACCCGGUGAUCCUGAUGAUGGCGGAGUUCAUGUGUAUGUGCAUCCCGAGGAUUUCUUCAGCCAACAUGAGGGGGAAAGUGAAGAAGAGUUUGUGUGCACUCCAGUCCCCCAUCCUGUCUCCCUGCUGUCGUCCCACAAAACCAAACAGCAGAAGCUGCUGCCAGACCCGAUUCUGAGACUCAGUCGAAUCAUCGGCUUUGGAGGAGCCACUACUAAAUGUGUGCUGUGGACCAAAUCUGGCGAUGCAGUGGUGUAUCCCUGUCAUGCAAUUAUCGUCUCUAUGAAGAUAUCCUCUAAUCAGCAGAGAUUCUUCAUCGGCCACACCGAGAAGGUGUCUGCGCUGGCUUUUAAUGGCAACACAACACUCCUGGCUUCAGCACAAACUGGCAACAAUAGUGCAGUUCGAGUAUGGAACUACCACAAAGGGAACUGCUUGGCCAUGUUCAGGAUUCAUGCUCAUUCGUUAUCCUGUCUUAGCUUCUCACGUGGCAGUGGUAUUCUCUGUGGAGUUGGGAAAGAUAACCACAACAAAACAAUGGUGGUGGUAUGGAACACUCACAGUGUUAGUAAAGGUGGAGAAGUGACCAUCUUAGCCAAAGCGCACACAGAUGUGGACAUUCACACCAUGAAGGUCACCUUCUUCGAUGACACAAGGUUGGUGUCAUGUGGUCGGGACAAUAUUCGUCUGUGGCGAGUGCGAAAUGGGAUGCUGCGCUCCUGUCCGGUCAACCUGGGUGAAUACCACUCGAUGGACUUUACCGAUGUGGCCUUUGAGGAGGGAAACUCUUCUGACCAGCAUCUUGAUGAUCGAACACUAUUUGUCAGCAGUCGGAGUGGCCAUAUCUUUGAGAUUGACUACAGCAGGGUUGCCAUUAGAAAUGUGAGGAGGCUAUUACCUGCACAGCAGCAGCAUGCAGACCGCAGGGAGAAGUGGAGUUUUAACACAGGUCCAGGCAUUGCCAUCAACAGCAUCAGUGUCUCCUCCUCAUUCUGUGCUACAGGCUCUGAAGAUGGCUUCCUACGACUCUGGCCCCAUGAUUUUUCUGCUGUCUUCCUGGAGGCUGAGCACGAGGGACCUGUGAGCGUGGUGUCAGCCUCCUUUGACAGCUUUCGUGUCCUGGCAGCCACCUCUACUGGUAACCUUGGUUUCCUUGAUGUGAGCAGCCGUGGUUAUAACACAUUAAUGAGGUCACACACAGACACUGUGCUUGGAUUCAGCGUAGAUGGCGUUCAUCGGCAUCUCACAACAGCCUCGUCUGACGGCACAGUGCGCAUUUGGAAUAUGGAUUCCUUGCAUCAGCUGUAUGAUUUUGUGUCCGAGGACAGCCCCUGCUCUGUGGCCUUCCAUCCAAGUGAGCAGAUCUUCUGUUGUGGCUUCACCUCUGGUAUCGUCAGGGUCUUUGACAUCUCCAGUGCUAAGCUGCUGGCUGAACAUAAGCAGCACAGAGGUGAAGUGGUGGGUCUUGCCUUCUCUCCAGAUGGGGAGUUCAUGUACAGCGCUGGCUCCCAGGGUUCUCUGGCACUUUAUAACUCCUCCGAGGAAGAUCACAAUGUGAUCAAAGUUGCAUGUAAUGUGGUGGCCCGUGGCACUGAGCGUGCUCCAGACGCUCUCUCAGUCAGCAGUGACAGCCGCUGUCUGGCCUUUGUUGGUCCCUCGGAGUACAUAGUAACCAUCGCUGAUGCCCGAUCUCUCGAUGAGUUGCUACAUGUAGAUGUGAGUAUUUUGGAUGUAGAAAGCCCCCGUCUGGAUUCUGCACUGAAGGUCUGCUUCUCUCCAGCCUCUACUGAACACUUGUUAGUUGCCACAUCUGCUAACAAGAUCCUCUGGGUUAGCACUAAGACAGGCCGUCUGCUCCGAGAGGUUUCCAAGGUGCACAAACACCAGUGCUCCUCUCUGGCUGUGAGUGAGGAUAGUAGAUUCCUGCUGACAGCUGGACACAACGCUGUUAAAGUGUGGGACUAUAACAUGCAGUAUGAUACAAACUCACAGAUGUUCAUAGGUCACAGUCAGCCCAUUCGCCAAGUCAGUUUCACUCCCGAUCAGCUGGGCAUAGUCUCAGUUGGAGACGCCAUAUUUCUUUGGGACUUCCUGGCAAAUCCUGUCGACUCUUUGACCAACAGCUGUUCACCUCUCAAAGUCAGCUGCAUCUCGGCUUGUAAAACAGUUCCACCAGACACUGAUGCAAGUGGAGUCCAGCUGUCCAAUGGGAUGCCUCGACAGACAGCGCCCCUCCCUUCCUCACCACCUCGACUGGACAUCAGCACAAUUGACCAAGUUGACCAAGAACCUUUGGGGUCCUUGUCUAUUUGUGAUGAUACUCCAGUAAUCCCAGCCAUCCCAGCUGAGGCCUCUGGUCCAGGUUCUUCCUCUGAUCCUGCCACCUCUUUCCUCAAAGUCACGGACCUCGUCCACAUGUCUCCCCUGAACACCAAUGUUAUGGACACUGUUGAGCUGAAACAGAAGAAGCCUGUACGUCCAGAUUGUUACAGGCACUUUAUCCCACGUUUCAAGACUUCCUCUCUUGAUCAGGCUGUUGUAGCUCCACAACCACAAGAAGAGGGCAUAAAACUGAAAGCAGUUAUUGGCUACAAUGGCAACGGGCGUGGCAACAUGGUGUGGAGCCCUGACCAAGGUUUAUUUGCAUACUCUUGCGGCUGUGUGGUGGUGGUGGAGUACCUCGAUACAGGACGUCAGAGACACUUUCAGGGCCACAGCGAGGAGAUCUCUUGUCUUGCAGUCACAAAUGAUGCACAGACGGUGGCAUCGGCAGCUGGCAGCAGUAACGGCAACAAGAGCCUCAUCUGCAUUUGGGACGUACAGAAAGGAAUCUGUCGUAACACCAUCUCCUACCACAGGGGUUCGGUGCAGUGUCUUGCUUUUUCCAGGGAUGACCGUUUUUUUCUUUCUGUUGGAGACUUCUCUGACCCAGAGGUGGCUCUGUGGAGCACAAAGAACUUUAAGCUGUUGUCUAGCGUAAAUGUAUCAGGCCCAAUCCAUGAUGCUGCCUUCAGCCCUUCAACUCACAGCCAAAUGGCCUGUGUGGGAAGUCAAGGUGCUUACUUCUGCCUCAUCAACUCACAGGGCCUGGAUGUAGAGCUUAAGGUCCAGAGGGUGAAAACACCUGUGGAGGUGGGUGAUGUGGAGCUGACUGCUCUUUGCUACCACAUGGACUCCUUAUUGUUCACUGGCACAAAUCGAGGACAUGUUUGCGUCUGGGACGUCAACAUGCAGCGAUGCUUCAUGACCUGGGAGGCCGAUGAGGGAGAGAUCGGAGUCUUGUUGUGUCGAGGGAACCGUCUGUUGACAGGCAGCAACACCCGCUGGUUGCGGCAGUGGGAGGUAGAAGCUGUACAGGACAUGAAGCCUCAGGAAAAGGUCUCCAAUGUAGAGGACAGUGGGAAAACGGUGGUGCUGGAACAAGAGGUAAUGCUGGACGGGACUAUAGUCAGUGCAGCGUUUGAUAACACAAUGGACAUGGGCAUCGUUGGCACCACAGCUGGAACCCUCUGGUACAUCAACUGGGCAGACAACAGCAACAUCCGACUGGUCAGCGGGCACAAGACCAAGGUAAAUGAUGUAGUUUUUAGCUUCGAUGAGAACCAUUUUGCCACCUGCAGCGAGGACGGCAGUGUGAGAGUGUGGUCAACCUCAAGCUACGAACUGGUGGUGCAGUUCCAGGUUCUCAACCAGGCCUGCGGCUGUGUGUGCUGGAGCCCUUCCUCUAGUAAAGACAGCACAUGUGUGGCUGCAGGAUACAGUGAUGGGACCCUGAGGAUCUUCCGGCUCGCCUCGACAGAAAUGGAGCUGAAGCUUCAUCCUCAUCAGGUGGCUGUCACUGCCAUCCAGUACUCUGCUAACGGUCACGUAAUCCUUUCAGCGGGGAAGAAUGGUUUGGUAGCUGUCAGCAGCCCAGUAGAUGGGGGAACUAUUCGUGUAAUCAGGGACCACAAAGGAGCGACGAUUACCACAAUUCAGUGUGUGAAUGAGCAGUGUAAGAAGUUUGGACUGGAAGGAAACGAAAUGUGGUUGGCUGCCAGUGCGGACAGACGAGUCAGUGUGUGGGCUUCUGAUUGGCUGAAGGACAAGUGUGACCUGCUAGACUGGCUGACAUUUCCUGCUCCAGCAUAUUUUGCGGGUGACAGCCUGCCGCCCAGCUUGGCUGCCUUCUGCCCAGCAGACUGCAGCCUGGUGGUCUACACUGGCUACGGGGUGGAGAAAGAGCUGUCUUUUUACAGCCUGACUAAAAAACAGAUAAUAAAAAAGAUUGCCCUUCCACACUGGGCCACAUGCAUCAGCCUCUCUUCUGAGAGUCAACUGGUAGCUGUGGGAUCAAACGAGCGAGUGCUGAAGCUGCUCCAGUCUACCAGCGGCAGGUUUCAGGACUUCUUGCAGCACAGCGACUCACUGCAGACGUGUCACUUCUCCCCAUCUGGGACGCUUCUCUUCUCUGUGGCUUAUAAUGAGAUCAUGCUGUGGGACGUGAAGGGCCUCUGAACGCCUCUGGUCUGUUGUUUGAACCUCCAACACUGCAGGUUUAUCUUCUUUCACAUGUGCCUAGGUUUUAUUGUUACUUUAUGCAAUUUCAAUGUUUCAUAGAGAUUUUUUUUAGCGGUUCAAUAUUUUUAGGAAACUUUUUGUAAGGUUUGUGACAGAGAAUUUCUCUUGCAUCUUUUGUCUGUUCUAAUGUUUAUUUAUUUGAGGUUUUCUUACUGUGAGUCAGAAUGUAAAUGGAUACCGAUUACAGAUUAAAGAUGAUUUCCUGUUUGUUAUUUUUCACUUGUAGAUGGAAUUGUUGUUUGUGGGCUGUUCGAAUGACCCACCACAUAGUGCAGGCAAAGACAUCUGUAUUUUUAUUUAGUGUUUUGCCCAAAACGCCAGUGGAUGGGUGCACUGCUCAGAAAACUAUACUAGAUGUUGCUCAGAUUCUUUUUCUAUAAAAGGAAAUCUAAAAAAGCCCCAUAAUACUAUGUCUUGAUUUAAAUUAUGGCUUGUCAAAUUGAAUGACAGCUUCCCUAAUUACUGGUACAGGGUCAUACUUCUGUCAGAAGAUUUCAGUUGGGUAUUCAGAAAUGACGCAUAUUCUCUGUAGAAACCACCACCUCCCCUUGCAAAAAAAAAGAAUAACUCUGCUUAAAACUUUACAAAUGUAAAUGUUUAAAAUGGCCCACAAUGUGAUUCAAUGAUAAAAAUGCACGCACUGAUAGCAUUGGCUUAGAAAAAAAUAGGUCAGCUACUUAAAAUACAGAUCAGUAAAGCCAGUUAACAGGCACCAAGACUGUCAUAAACACCAGCUGAUGUGAAACCAAACUGCUGAGGGUGCAAAUUGCCCUUUCUAUUUUCUGUCUAGUUGGUACUUAGGAGAACUUGAGAUCUCACUGUGUAAUGGAGCAAACAACAAAAACCUAAUUUUGACUUUUCUUAGUGGAGCAGAACGCUGGAAAUACAGAAAGGAUAGAUUUCCAGAAAUACCCCAGAUCAUAUAUAAUCAUCAACAUUAACAUUUGUAUCAGUUAAUGGAGUUUUCUUAGUAUUGUCAAUUUUGCAUUCAUAUGUUGCUCUUGUAGAACUACUGUACAUCGGACAUCAGAUGGUAGAGGUCUAUAAUUUGGAUGAUUAAACAGCAUAGUGUUGAAAUUGG